AUGCAAGAAGCAUAUAGAAUCAAAGCAUCAAAUAAAAUUCUUUUAGAAAACAAAUUUACACUAAAAAAGAGUUAGCUCUUAGAUUCGAUAAAAAUAUGGAUUUCAUAGGUUUAAGAAGAAUUAGAGGAAUCCAUCCUUAAAGAUAAAUCUGAAGUAAUUAAUUAGAAAAUUAAAAUCGUUGCUCUUCAAAAACAAGUUGAUUCAAAUAAUGAUGUUAUUCUUGAACAAGAAACUAUCAUCUAAUAGUUAAUGCUUAAAUUAAAAGAACUAGAAAAACAUUAAUAAUUACCUCAAAAAUAAAAUAUUGUAGAUUAAGACUUAUUAUUUGAAUUUGAAUAAGAAUUAUCAUCACUUAAAACAUUAUCACAUAAACUAAGAUAAAAAGCUAAUCGAUUAUGUAGUUACUUUGUAUGUCUACAAUUGUAUACUGCAGAAUUAGGUUUAAAAAUACAAUAAGAUGAUUUUGAUUAUAAUCUUCUUUUAAUGCCAAAGAUACCAGAUCAUUCCAGUUUAAUUUCUAGUUUAUAAGAAUCUGAAAAGAAUCUUAAAUAAAAAUUAGAAUAACAAGUAUAUUGGUAAAUAAUAAUAGGGAUACAAAAGUUCAAGAAAUUGAGGCAGAAAAUGCUGAAUUGAAAAAAGAAAAUUAAAAUUUAAAAAGAUGUAUUAAGAGAUUCAAUAUAACAUCUAAUUUAGAUACUUAAAAGCAAUAAAUUUUAAUCUAAUAAUUAUAAGACUAACUAAAUGAUUAGUAAUUGCUUAUUUCUGACUAAUUUUAUAAAAUAAAAGUACUUAUUUCAUCAUAUAAAGCAAUAUGAAUAAUAAAAUUAAUGUAAAUAAUUAAAUGAUUUUAUACUUAAAAAAAGGAAAGUUAAAAAUUAAUAACCUGUUUUCAAUUUAGAAUUAUUUCAGAGAAAACAUACUCUUGAUGUUUGUAAAUCUAGAGAAGAAAUCAUUCAUACUUCUAUUGAACCUAGAAUACAUUCAAAAACAAAUUAUUAUAAAUAUUGA